GCUCCACUCCCUGUCCCUCCCCCUGCAAGCCCAUCCCUGUGCCCUCGCCCUGCUCCUCCAUGGCCCUAGGUCCUCGCCUCCUGCCCACCUACCACCACCUCCGUCUCUCUCGCCUCUAACGGGGCUCAGGAAGGAAAUGAGCUGAGUCACAAAUCCUCACUACAGUUGAACAGGCGGAAUGGCUCCUGGGAAUGCCUGCUUUUUAAAGGGAGGCGCUGCCCAGGCAGCAGUGUUCCCCCAGUUCGUAUCUAUCUUGUCUCUCCCCUUCUUUAAAAUGCCUUUCUCUCCCUGUAGAAUUUUGAGUAAAUGCCAGAGGCCUUAGCUAAGGCCAAAAGUCCAUAAUUAGUUCUCACUCUGAGCUAAAUCUGAACCCAGUUGCUGCUGCUGCUUCCUGCUCCUUAUGUAAGAAUAGACUCAAAUGCCACCUCCUGUAGACCAUUCCCCGAAUGCCACAUCCCCAGCCUCCCCAGACACACACCCCCUGUCCUGACCCUGUCAGAGCCCUUAGCAGCACAUCCUGGGUGUGCCAUGUUGUCCGAUUGUCCCUGCCACCACACGGGGAGCUCGUGAAAACAUAAAAAAGAAAUGGCAUACAUUAGGUGCUCAAUAAAUGUCAGACCGGAAGACAAAUCAGCACUGGCCAAGGUGGUGUUCCGAUGCUGAGGGGUGUCUGGCUGACCUGAGCCCAGGGUGAACCCCUUUGUACACUUUGCUCCCCAGCUAUGGCCCGCAUCAUCGACGUGGUGCCCUGGGACGAUGGCUCCACCCACGUGUACGCGUCCCCAGCCAUCCUGCUCCCGAUGGAGCGGCGGAGAAACCAGUUGGCCAGCGUGAAGCAGCAGCUCUACCACCCGGCCCUGCCCAGCCUGCGCCGCAUGGACAUGGAUAAUGCCAGGGCCUGCCUGUCGGACGAGCACUGCCAGACCACCACCUACUGCCGCAAAGAUGACUUUGACAACGCACACUACACACUCCUCGGUGUCCCCAACAAACCCCUGCAGUGCUUGGACAUCACCGCCACUGGCCAGAAGAUCCGCCACAGGAGCCGCGAGGGAAAGCUGGCGCCCAUCCCCCCGGGCAUCAACCGAAUCAGCUGGCCCAGCUUCACACGCGCCAUCGAGGACUGGUCCCGUUUCGUGUCCUCUGCCGGAGAGUUCAAGCUGCCCUGCCCGAGCAAGAGGGUCGAGAGUUACAGCGGCUACGCGGUGCGCUAUUUGAAGCCGGAGUUGACCCAGAACUGGCGGUACUGUCUCAACCAGAACCCCAGCCUGGACCGCUACGGACAGAAGCCCCUGCCUUUCGAUUCCCUGAAUGCGUUCCGACAAUUCGGCUCCAAAUACAGUCGUGUCAACUACCUGACCCCCUGGCACUAAUCUGUGAAAAGGAGGCCGAUGCCCAGACUGCUGGACCAUGCCACCUCAGUUUCCCAGCUGGACAGAGGGGGUACAGUGGCAGCCCCC